CUCCGCACGCCGUAUUAGCAUUUCCCCCCAAAUCUGUCCACCUCACCAAAACACCCCGAAUGGGAGGAAAAUACCGCACGAAGGAGGCGGCAGCUGACAACCACAGUGCACCGUCUUCUACCGAGCAGGAUCUGCGGCUGAACAUGGACUCAGGGAUCCAGGGCAGCAGCAGCAGCAGCAGCAGUGCGUGUGGAGAACACAGACAACGGAGCACAAAGCGGAUGGAAAGCACCGCUUAGCGUUUCAUCAUCAUCAUCAGCAGCAGCCUUUAAUAUUCCUACAGACGCACAGAAGAGACGCACGGUGGAGGCUGAGGGGCUCAUUCCUGCUUAUCAAACUGUAUUUACAGAGACUAACGCGACCCGUCCGCCCCCAUUGACCACCUUCUUCAGUGCCAUCACCAUCGGUUGAAUAAAGACGAGAAAAUGAGUGAACAAAGCAUCUGCCAGGCGCGGGCCUCAGUAAUGGUCUACGAUGACGCCAGUAAGAAAUGGGUGCCCAUCAAACCUGGACAGCAGGGCUUUAGCCGCAUCAACAUCUACCACAACACUGCCAACAACACCUUCAGAGUGGUGGGCGUCAAACUGCAGGACCAGCAGGUGGUGAUCAACUACUCCAUAGUGAAGGGUCUGAAAUACAACCAGGCCACUCCCACCUUCCACCAGUGGCGUGAUGCUCGCCAGGUCUACGGGCUGAACUUCGCCAGUAAGGAGGAGGCCACCACCUUCUCCAACGCCAUGCUGUUCGCACUCAACGUCCUCAGCUCACCUGACAGCGGAGGUCCAGUUGUCCAGCGCCAAAAUGGACCGUCCUCGGAGGAAAGCGAGGCACAGAGGAGGAUGAUGGAGCAGCACCAGAUGCAGCAGGUUCACAAGGAGAGGGAGCGACGGACGUCAGGAUCAGUCGUUUCCACCCUCCAAUAUAAAGUCUCCACCCCUCCCAUCCACCCAGACACCCCUCCCGAGUACAGACAGUACAGAGCUAGCACACUGCCACCCUCCUACGUCCGCGUGGCCUCCUCUUCUCCCCCCUCCUCCUCUUCUCCUGCUCUGGAGAGAGAGGGAGUGGGAGCUGCUAGGGACAAGGCCCAGCUCUCCUCCCAGCUCUCCACCUCGCUCGCCUCAGCCUUUUCCCCAGUCCAAGCAGGAGUGACCACCCAGGGCCGACAGGUCCGUCAGAUCCCCCUCUCUCCUCCCACAGCCGCCCGUCACCUACACCUUCAACAGCAGCAGCAGCAACAAGAAAUCAUGCUCCCCCCUAAACAUGGCACCUGGUCCGCCUCCCAUAUGCAGCAAAUGUACGCCCAGUUGCCCCCUUCCUCCUCCCCUCCGGUAAUGAUGGCCAUGCCUGUGAAGCAGGGCUUGCCCCCUCAGCCUGUGCUCCCAGUGGCCCACCCACUGCCACCUGUGAGGAUGAAGCCCCCACCGCUUGACCCGAGCGCUGUGGCCGGCCCUCCUCACCAGUACACCCAGCACCACCAGCCCCACCCUCACUCAAACGGCCAACCAGACGACCCCUCCUACUCCCCUCAUUCUCAGCAUCUGCCGCUCACCCCUCAGUACUGCGAGGCUGUCCCGCUGCCCCCUCUGAUAGGUCAGCCAGCUCCAGGCCCCGCCCCCAACCAGCCCCAGUACCCAUCCACCUUCCACCCUCAGCAGCAACAGCAUCAGCAACAGCAACAGCAGCAGGUGUACCACCAGCAGGCCCAGCCCCCCACCACCACCACCAUCACCACUUCCUCCUCCUCCUCCUCCUCGCCCCCCUCUUACACUGCCAUGUCUGACGGGGGUUCGCCCAAGGAGACCCCCUCCCCAGUCCCCCAGCAGGCCCCCAUGGCCAGCAGCAGCCCCCCUGUCUCUGCAGGUCACCCGGCAAUGCUUUCUGUGGCGCCUCCUCCAGCUAUAGUUCCAGCGCCCAUGGCUGGUCCUCCAGCCCCCCCACCACCGCCGGGGCCACCACCUCCGAUGGCGGUGCCCCCACCCAUGCCCCCACCGUUGCCCGCUGGUGGAGGGCCACCUGGGGGACCACCUGGAGUCCAACACCAGCCAUCAGGACUGGCUGCAGCACUAGCAGGAGCCAAACUACGUAAAGUCCAUAGGGAUGAGAGCAGUCCUCCUGGUGGUAAAAGUGACUCCAACCGGUCUAGUGGUGGCAGUGGUGGUGGUGGGGAGGGACUGAUGCAGGAAAUGAAUGCCUUACUAGCUCGCAGGAGGAAAGCUUCAGAGAAACCUGAUGAAGAUGACUCAAGUGGUCGAGGGCAGAACUCAACAGAUGCUGUGAAGAAGCCAUGGGAGCGAUCUAACUCUGCAGAGAAGUCCUCACUUGUAUCCAGAGUGAGACCCAUCGGUAGCACUAGUGAAGCAGACACAGAAUUUGAUCGGAUGAAACAGGAAAUUUUGGACGAAGUUGUACGUGAGUUGCAUAAGGUGAAAGAUGAAAUCAUCCAUGCCAUCAGACAAGAAAUUGGCAGAAUCAGUACAUCCUAAUCUCAUCUGAGCAGCAGUAGGAGGAGAGCAAGUGGAGGAGCUGGAAGAGAAUGGACAUACAGAUGCACAGACAUGAGGACCAAGGAAUGUUCUCUCAAUGUUUCUGUGACCUCUUGUUGCCAGUGAUGCAAGUUGCAGAGAUGUUGUGCCAACAUUUGAGUCUGCUGGACAGCAAAAAUGAAAGAAGGAUACAGCGAAGAGUGAAAGAGAAGGGGUAAAUGAGGAAGAAGAGCAGGAGAAACCGAAAGAUGGAUAAAGAACGAGUGGAAAAAAACAAAAGGACUGAAAAACUCAACAGAGGGUGAAAAGAAGUGAGGGACGGACGAACAUUCAUGCUGAGUUUGGUGUUGUGGUCCUCUCUGUGCACCUAUAGACUCAGUCAGCCCAGUGUUGCAACUCUUUGUUCUCUGUUCAGUCCAAGUCUUACAAAGAAAAUAUUUUUGUUUUCUAAGUUUUUACUGUUUUAUUAUUUAAAAACUGUGGUGAUAAUGAUGAUGCUGUUGAUGACAAUGAGUAUUUUAUUGAUUGAUUAUAGAAGGAGAAAGGAAACUUGCACACCGUUUAUGUCAGCCUUUUAUAUUUUCUAUUUUUUUUUGUUUUGUUUUGUUUUGUUUUUUUGUUUGUUUAGUUUAUCCCUAUUUCAUGAUGACAAGCACAAUACGGGCAAAAUGGUGCUGCAGACUCACCUGCCCUAGACUGGCAUAUUUAAAAAAAAAAAAACAAGCUUUUUAUGACCUUGUUCAUACUGGUGUUGUGUGUCUAAUAACCUUUUCUCUCCAGAGAUAAUGUUAGAACCAUAAUUAGCUGCUUCAGUUCCCUCUUUUUCCCAUGUCAGAUGCAUACAGCAUUACAAAAGGCCAUUGAUUUUUUUUUUUUUUGCAAUUAAACAACACAUACAGCAGUCUGCUCUACAACUCCAGUGUGAUCGAGGUACAGGUUUCUCUUGUGCGAGAACAGUGAAGCUUGGGGAUCAUUCACAAAACAGGCCUGUAACUGUAAAUGUGCCACCUGGUUUUACCUAGAUAUAAAAACAGUGUAGUACUAUCUAUGUCUAUUAGUCAUUCUAUGCUUUGUGAACCUCCCAAGUAUGCAUGAAACCCCCAUCUUCUCUAUGAAUUAGUUUUUCAUUUGGUUUGGAAAAAAUGAUUUAAAAAAAAAAAAAUACAAACGGUGGUACAUUUAUUAUAGUGGUUUGUUUCCAUGAAGAUUCCCCGUUCUAUACUAUAUGAGAUGUUGAACUUGAUAAUGAUAGCAAUGAUGUGGGGG